GUCAGACGAAGACGCGGUGUCUCUUUUGCGCCAUCGUCACACACCGCACACCAAUGGACUAGUUAAGUUCCCGAGCUCUGUCAUCUCAUAAUUUCCUCACCCUCCCAUGGAUUCCUCAACUGAACCAGUACGCGGCGCAUCCGAGCGCGCUCCGCUUCUCGGCAACAGAGAUGACGCUGCCGAGGAACUGGCUCCGCUGCCUGAGGAGCCUAGCACUACUAAACUGCUUCUCACCAUGUGCAGCAUCUGGGUCGGCGUGUUCUUGGCCGCAUUGGACUCUACCAUCAUCGCAACGCUGAGCUCACCCAUUUCUGAUUCAUUCAAUUCAUUUACUCUCUUCUCUUGGCUUGCUAGCGCCUAUCUCAUUGCCAAUGCUGCCAUCCAACCUCUCAGCGGUCGGCUUACGGACAUCUUCUCCCGGCGUACCGGCUUGGUGAUCUCCAAUAUCUUGUUUGGAGUGGGGAACUUGAUAUGCGGUCUGGCAAAGAGCCCGACUUCCAUGAUCUUGGGACGUGUUGUGGCGGGUAUGGGUGGAGGAGGACUCAACACCAUUUCAACUUUCGUCACCACGGACCUGGUCCCUCUCCGCCGCAGAGGCCUUUGGCAAGGCUUUGGCAACCUCGCCUUUGGCCUUGGAAUGGGUCUCGGCGGCGUCCUGGGUGGCUGGCUCAACGAUAUCUUGUCCUGGCGAUGGGCAUUCCUGCUCCAAGUACCCCUCAUUGCCAUUUCCGGGCUCUUGGUCUACUUGACGGUCAAGAUACCAGUCAAGGAGAAGAACAUGUCACGUGUCAGACGCGUUGACUUCCUCGGAAGCUUCACGUUGGUCUGCAGCCUUGUGUUGCUGCUGUUGGGCCUUAACUCUGGAGGUAACGUAGUGCCAUGGUCCCAUCCUCUGGUUCUGGUCAGCCUGCCAUUGUCCGCAAUAUUCCUUUUGGUUUUCAUUUACAUCGAAGACCGCGUUGCUAGCGAACCGAUCAUCCCGGUCCGACUCCUGCUGCACCGCACUGUCCUUGCCUCUUGUUUAACCAAUUGGUUUGGCACAAUGUCUGUCUACGCGCUCCUUUAUUACGGCCCCAUAUACUUCCAAGUCUUUGGUUUCAGCGCCACUCAAGCCGGCCUACGGCUCAUUCCCCAAGCGGUCGGUGUAUCCGUCGGCUCCGUCGGCGUCGGUCUUAUCACGCGGGCCACCGGAAAGUAUUACCGGCUCAACGUCGGCAUGGAAACGGCCCUUGUUGUGUCUCUCGCGCUCAUUACUGGCACCCUGGACCAGCGGAUGCCUAUCUGGCCACCAUUCAUCUAUUUCUUCUUCGUUGGGAUCGGGUACGGCGGCAUGUUGACGGCGACACUACUGGCACUCAUCUCGGCAGUCGACCAUAUCCACCAAGCCGUCGUUACGUCCGCCUCUUAUGCUUUCCGAUCCACCGGCAGUACCAUUGGCAUCACCGUCGCCAGUGCCGUCUUCCAAAACAUCCUCAAGCAUCAGCUGUGGGGCCGGUUUGCGGGCCGUGAAGGUGCAGCAGAGAUUAUCGCAAGAGUGAGAGACAGCAUUGGUGCGGUGCAGCGGCUGCCACCGGAGUGGAAGGAAGGCGUGUUGGAGAGCUACAUGUGGGCCCUCAAGGGUGUUUGGUCCACAACGCUGGCGAUCGGUGUGUUGGGUGCCGUGUGCAGCUUGGCGAUGAGGGAGCACACAUUGCACAAGAACUUGGCGCGGACACAGGACGAGCGUGACGGGUAACGGUCUUGGCCGCUGAAUCUGUCGUGCGUAGUGGGUUGGGGAGAGGAGGGAACGCUGAUGACAAUUUGGUUGGAUGGGACAUAUGGAUGGUAAUGAGUAUAUGGGUAGGAGUUAGCAGUUUUUGAUUUCUAGUUUGUUUGCGGUUUGUGUCGUUGGAGAUGGUGGUCGAGAAUGUCCAUAGUGAAAUAUUUAGCAUAGCGUCAUAGCAUGUUGGGCAGAGGGCAGCGAGUAUAUACAGCUAACAAAGUAGGUAAAAGCAAGGUCAGU